AUCUUGUCAGGGAGAAACGCCUUUCUUGCAAAGACGUCUUCAUGGAAGCAUUCAUUCUUUGUCCUUUAAGAGCAGUUACGUCGCUGAGGAGCAAGCGAAAAGUGCUUGCUCAGAAAGCUAAAGGAAUCUUUGUUGGAUUUAUUUGAUGAGGUGUGUUUGAACGGGGCUCGUACUUCUUAUGACAAUGCUCCGCUUACCCCUUGACAAGGUUUGCAAACUCCUGUUUAGGCCCCACGUUCCCUCACAGGCUUUGCAAUUAAUUUCCGCCACCCGUCUGCUGUCCUCAAAGCGACCACCGUCACACAUUAAAGAGGUCAACAGCUCCUCGAAGAAGCCCGUUCAGAAAGAUACGAAGAAGAAACAGCCAAAGACAGUGCGAGACGAGGAUCAGGCCCUACUGCCAAGCGUGGUUCUUGUUGGAAGGCCCAAUGUAGGGAAGUCAGCACUUUACAACCGGCUUGUGAGGCGGAAAGAAGCACUGGUUUACGACACCCCCGGCGGCCAUGUCACUCGGGACUAUCGCGAAGGAGUCGCGCAAUUGUCGGACCUGCGUUUUAAGCUGUUUGACACAGCAGGGAUGGAGGCCGACUCUGAGGGGGGGAGCCUGCUGGGCCGUGCGAUGGCCCUGACUGCAAAGCUGCUGACGCGCAGUCACUUGGCGUUGUUCAUGCUGGACGCACGGGCUGGGGUCCAGCCAAUGGACAUCGAGCUCGCGCGCUGGCUCCGCUGCCAGACCCGGCUGCCGGUCAUUCUUGCGGCCAACAAGUGCGAGGGGGGCAACCGCCAAGCCGACUACGUGCUGGCGGCGAUGGGGGAGGCGUACCAAGUGGGGUUUGGGGAGGCAGUGGCCAUCAGCGCAGAGAGCGGCGAGGGUUUGGCCGACCUGUACGAAAAGCUGCAACCGCACAUCGAUCGCGCGACUGCCAACAUCCCCGCUGAGGUUACGGCGCGGAGAGAACGCGCCGCGGCCGCCUCGCGACCCCCCCCUCCACUCAAGUCAACGGGUACUCACGGAGAGCCCACUGAAAGUGAAAUACUAGAUGAAGGCGCUUCAGCAGUCCACAUAAGAGAGGGAGAUGUGAGGGCGGAACCUGCCUUGGUUCAGGGGAACGGAACGGCAGCGGAAGGAGAAAGUGCGGGCGAGGUGUUUCGAGAACAGGGGCUGGACGUUCGAUGGGUUCAGUCAGAGGGGAGUGGAAGGGAGGCGGUAUUGGGCCCAGAUCAAGUAAGUAUAGACGGGGAGGGAGGGAUGGGGUCCAAAGAUCUGACCAAUGAAAGUGCUCUAGAAGCGGGAACGAGAGUGAAUAUGGGAGCUGAGGAGGGAUUGGAAGCUGAAGCGGAUCGGCCUUUUGCUGUAAAUGGUUCUGAUUCGGUUGCAUCCGGGCGUGUUUCAGUAACAGCAAGCGCGAGUAAAAAGAAUAUAGUAGAGUUAGCAUCGGACACGGCUGUUGAUGGUUCAAACGAUGGGGAAAAUGGGUUCUCGAACGGGAUGAGCUUACACGAAACGUCGCUCUCGCGAAACGGGGCCAAAAGCUCUCCAUUAGAGGAGGUUGUAGAAAGCGGUUACGGUGCCUUUACGAUGGAAGAAGCGGAAGGACGGCAGCGGAAGGAAGCGGAACUAGAGGCGGCGGAAGCCGUGCCGCUGCAGUUCGCGAUCGCGGGGCGGCCGAACGUGGGCAAGUCCACUUUGGUAAACUUCCUGUUGGGCCAGGACCGCGUGCUGACCGGUCCGGAGCCGGGGCUGACGCGUGAUUCCGUCCAGAUUCCGUUCGAGCACAACGGACGACCGAUUUGGCUGGUCGAUACGGCCGGUUGGAUGCACCGGUCUCGGUUGGAGGAGGGCGCCCCGCAGCUGAGCGCAGCCGACGCCCGGAAGAAGAUCAUGCGCGCGCACGUGGUGGCACUUAUGCUGGAUGCUCAAGAGAUCGCGGCGUCCGGCGUGCUGAUGAAGGGCAACGAGGUCACGCUCGCGAGCUGGGUCCUGGAGGAAGGGCGCGCCCUCAUCGUUCUGGUGAACAAGAUUGACUGCUUGUCGGGGCCGGAACAGCGGAAGCUGACGAAGAAACUAGAGGCGGAGCUCAACGAGCUGCUGCCCCAGGCACGGGGGGCGCCGAUUCUCACCCUUUCUGCUCUGAAGGGCCUGGGGGCCGCCAGGCUGAUGCCCAAGGUGGUGUCGCUCUACGACAGUUGGAAAACGCGUCUGCCGACGUCCCGCAUCAAUCGCUGGCUUCAACAGGUCGAGAUGCAGAUGCCCAAUAAGCCGGGGUACGGCGUCCGGGUCCGCUAUAUCACUCAGAUUAAAGCGCGGCCACCCACGUUCGUGGUCUUCGUCUCGGGCGCGGGCGACUUUCCCGCCUCCAGACUGCGGUUUCUUGCAUCGGGGAUCCGGAAAGAGUUUGGGAUGGAGGGAGUGCCCAUAAGGAUGCUGGAGCGGAGGGUGCUGCGGAAAGGGGGGCAAGGAACUAGCAGGCUAAAACAUCGAUAGAUUCUAUCUGGCCCAUAUCGACUUAUGGAGAAGGAUCAGUGCUGGCUUUGUCUAUCUGCUUUGGAUGCGUGACAGGAUGUAUCCGAAGUGUGCUCGCCCGCAUAGUUUCUACGAUAUUUUCUCUGCUUCAUUGGCGCCGUGCUUGGCGUGUACUCAAGUAACGUUCUAAUUGAACGGUGCCCCGCC